UUCAUCAAUUAAGUUUAUUCUAUUAACCAAUUUAACAUUGUGUAUCCACGAAAUGGCGUGUUUCAUUCUGUCGUAUAUGUGAUUACUUCUACAGGAAGUUGACAAGGACGUAUAAAAAGUUCAAAUAUAGAGAUAUGAAAAUGAUCCGAGAGGGGUUUUUACCACUUUAAACUUCCGUCUUUAAAUUAGGCACUUAAACUUAGAUAAACAGUAGUAAAUAGUCCACGUCAAUAGUCAAAAUUUGAAAAAGCUAUCUCCCGUCUUAUGCGUAGCGUGUGCAAAGUAACAUUUAAAAUUACGUUUACUAAUAUCCAAAUUGAUCAACCGAACCUCACACCUGCCAAUCAUGAUCACGGGACUUAGGCCUAGCCUGUGUUUAUAAUUGUAACGCGAAAAUCAUUGACGACAUCGAAAUUUAUGUGUGUGAAUGUAUCAUUCAUAAAGUGUAUUGUUCCUACUUGCUUAUUACCAGAGUUCACCACUAGAUCUAGCUAUAUACGUAGUAAAAUGCUAUUUAUAACACUUUGUUCACAUGUGUAACGCUACGCAGAUAGCUUUAAGCUGAAUCACGUCUCGGAACACCCACUUAUCUUUAGAGGUGAAACUUCAGUUUUCUGGUUGAAUAUUUGUUAUAAGUCGUGUAAUUUAAGUGUUAACUGAUUGUUCGUCCUCUUUGAUACCCAUUCGACUCUCAUAGUACCGUUUGUCCACCAAUUUGGAGUUUUUGAAGGGAGGAACUACCUGAUGAUGGGACCUUUGCGUUGAGAUAUGCCCCAAGGACAUUCCCCAGGCUCAUGGUACGGCUUGCCCCUAACUCUCUACCUCCUUGUUAUUUGGUGCAAGAUGGACCGCCGGUCGCAAGCCGAGGAAUUGUACUCCGAACUCCGAUGUUCCGAUAACGGCGAUGAGAGCAAUGGAGACAAACUGCAACAGACAAAACAGCACAUCCAACAGCAUCUGUACCACGUCAAACCGAACGACAGAUUCCGGUAUCAGGAAUUCGCCUCCAUUAUCAAUGAGAGUGCGGCUAUGCCAUACUUCAGUCCGGUCAAGGCAUCAACGGCGUUCCAGAACCUGGAGUUAUACCUUAUACUCAUCUUAAACAGUCCAUGGAAACCCGAGUAUAAAACUGUCAGGAAAUACUCUGGAUUUUUCCAAAGCAAAAUAGAAGCCCAUCUGCAGAAUGCAGCAACUGUUUUCAAACUUGUUGGUUAUUCAGAAACAAAAGAUGGUGUAUUAACUUUAAUUAGACGGAUAAAUAAGGAUGUGAUUCUGGCAGUAGCAUUUGAGUGUUUGGUGGCUGCCGAGGAAUGUUUUAUAAUUAAUGGCGCUCACGAAUCCGGUGAUCCACGAGUAAGUUACGCGCACGUUGUGAGAGUGAGAGUAAGUCAUUCAGGCAACGCUGAACAAUUAGCUGAGCUCGUGCGUAAAGACCUGCCGUAUAACUCCGACCACAUGGUGAAAGACCGGCGAGGAGAGCUAGACAUGUUUACCGAUACGCCAGCGGCUAGUAACUCAAAACAUCACAAUCUCGAUAAAACAUUGCACGGUGGUGUCAACAUACCAUACGCGGAUGACGACGCAGCAGACCGUCCCGAUCUGCGCGAAGCCACAUUUGAAGAACACUGCAUGGCCAGUCUUCGGCUCCUCCAGGAAGACGUGGCCAUUCCCAAAGCUAAACCGAUCCAGCUUCCCAAAGGCGGAUCAGAGGAAUGGUCGUUUGUCCGUGAUGGUCUUCAGAACAAAUUCGGAGAGGAUUACUACAAAGGUCAAAGAGGGGAUGUACUCCAAGGGGAUGAAAUGGUUGAUAGAGACGUGGACGAAAAGGUAAUGAGACCAGUCAUGCAGCCUCCUCGACCCCACGGGCCAAGUUACCGAGACUCCGGGUACCAGGGCAGUUACGCGCAACCAAUAUAUUACCCCCCAACUGCAGAUACUGGGUACGAGUCUCAGUUGGCGUCAAAAGUGGCAACCUCGUCUACGUCAUACGCAAAGGUGCCUACCAGUGACGUCACACAUUUACCACCAGGACCUCAUACACAACAGCGAAUCGUAUCGAGGGGAAACGAAGCAACGUACCUGCAUCCUGUAUCCGGUGAGGAUGCAGACAUUCUCGGACUUCGACACGUGACGCCAGUCCCGGCAACGCAAGAGCCGAUAUACCCAGAAUACCCUAGUGAAAUAGUACAUGGGAACCGAACCUAUCCCCAACCAUUGACAAGAGAAGCUAGCCAUAUUCCGUCAAGCGGAAGACAAACUUUUCCGACAUCUCCUCUUCGAACACCGGAAAAUGAAGCAAACAGACGACAACUAUGUAAAAGCCUUUCUCUAAGAUCUCCGACAGACAUGCCCUCCAGGCAAUCGGGUCCGCGACCUCUUCCAAAUCCGCCUUCUGCCGUAAUAAAGGACUUCGUGACGGAGCAGAAUUACAACACAGCGGCCCCUUACAGAAAUAGUCGUUCAGCCCCUGUUGCAUGCCGGGACACGUCGGACGUGCUUCAGCCUCGUUUUCAGAGACAGUUAAGCUCGGACAGGACGGUUGUCUGGGAAUGUCGCUACUGCACAUUGGAAAAUUCGAACGCAGCAUUGGUAUGUUCAAGCUGUGGGAAGUCCAAGACGAGAACCAACAAUAGUGAGCAAGAUUUCACAACAAGAAAAUGUCUAAUUUGUACUUUUGAUAAUCUUCCUGAUGCCUCUAAGUGUAAUGUGUGCGAGUCUGACCAAUUAGCAGGUGUGCAGUCUGCAGUAUAGGUUUAAAUAUUUAUAACAUUUAAUACAAUUUAUUAUUUCACGCGAGAUGUUUUUGUCCCGUCCGCUGCAACAUCCCGUAACCGCGUUGUGUGAUGCGCACUUUUUAUGUACUCAGUUCAUUCCCCAAACGGUUCGAUUUUCGAUGAUCGUAAAGUGAAACUUUAAUGAAUAUUAAUUUCACCAAGGUCUCAAUGAAUAUUAAUUUCACCAAGGUCUUAAUGAAUAUUAAUUUCA